AUGGACACUUUUGAAGAAGCGCUUAUUAAAAACGUAGUCAUUGCUCUUUUUGGGAUUGUCAUUAACAGCAUCAAUGGAAUUUUUGUAGUUACAUUCUUUAGGAGUUCUAUUUUUUACAAUGAUCCCAGAUACAUUCUUUACAUUCAUCUGGUCAUUAAUGACAUGAUUAUGAUAGGUCUGACUGUGAUUAUGUAUGUACUGUCUUAUGUUCGGCCACUGUUCAAUGUUUCAAUCUGUUGUAUACUGCUAAUGAUAGGUUCAGCCACUCACAAGAACACUCCACUAAACUUGGCUGGUAUGGCUAUAGAGCGCUAUAUUGCAAUUUGCAAACCAUUGCACCACCCUCAGAUCUGCACUGUACAUAGGACUUACAUCCUCAUUGGCUUUAUCUGGGGUGUUGGGUUUAUUCCAGGGCUUGCAGAUGUUGUCUUACUUAGCACUGCUGUGCCUGCAUCUUUUUUUUACUCUUUUACUCUUUGUACUCCAGUCACUAUGUACGGCUCAACUUAUCAUGCAGAGAAGACUAAAGGAGUGCAAGGCAUUUACUUAUCGUUUGUCUGGCUAAUCCUGGUGUUCACAUAUUGCAGAGUACUGAUUGCUGCUAAAAAGGCCUCAGCAGAUAAAGUCUCUGCCCAAAAAGCUCAGAGUACCAUACUGUUGCAUGGAGCUCAGUUAGUACUUUGUAUGCUAUCCUAUGUUUCCCCUGUUAUAGAUAUGAUUUUCAUCCCGUUUUUUCCGCAGUAUCGGACUAAGAUUAACUUUUCUACUUACUUACUAACAAAUAUUUUACCAAGACUGUUGAGUCCCCUUAUCUAUGGUGUUAGAGACCAAAAAUUUUUCAAAUCUAUGAAAAGUCAUCUGUCAUGUAUAGCUAUACAGGUUGAAUCAAGCAAAUCAUAA